AUGUGCGUCCAGUGGUGGGAAAAGUUCGAGUGCGGAUGCACCUCCUUCGUCGGCAACGUUGAAUCGUGCUCGUCCGGAAACCAUGGCAAUCAGGGCUAUUUGGGAAGCCAGGGCUCCGGCAAUCAAGGCUCUGGGAACCAAUGCCCCAAGAACCCAGGUGUCGAGAUGAGAAAGAAGUAUACUCUACGCCCGGGAAAAUAUGAAAACCUCAGCUAA